AUGGCUGCACAGAGCCAACCUAAGGAGCAGGACACCAAUAUAUCCAUGAACCAUAAUAAUAUAUCUCUGUCUACUCAGGACCCGAUUUUUGAUUCUACUUCUCCUGAAAAGGCCCUGGACGAGAGGGGUAUCAAGGUUGCAUACGGAGAGACAGCGCUAAGCUCAAGGUCAGAUGCAAUUCAAGGAAACCUCUUACCUGCCUUCUCGUCGAGCCAUUAUAGUCAUCUCCCGACUCCCCAAAGCCCCAUCGAUUUUGCAAAAUAUAUCCCUGACCUUCCGUGCUCACCGCAGUCUCCCGUCUCGCUGGGAUCGCAGUCUUAUCCUUCUUUAGCUCCUGUUUCUCGAGGACAGCGUCUCUUGACAUCCAAACACUUCGCUGAAGGGGAGCAUGUUCAUCCUCAUUCAACCUUUCAGCAAUGCAUGACGCCCGAUUCAAGUCCGUUUGUUUCUCGAACUACAGCACCACGCUUUAGUAAUACGGCAACACCUCAAUAUCAUCCAUCCCUUUCUAACGAUUUUGGGACACCGACAGCAUCCUCGUCCAUGUUAACGCUUGAGUCCCCCAUCGCUGCCCUUACUUCUUCCCAUGGUCCCCCUAAACGAAUUUCUCCUCCUAUGAGCUCCCCUUUAGUGCCAGAUCGACAUGUCACAUCUACCCUCUCGUCACCUUUCGUAGCAAAGGCGACGAUUAGCGAACGCAACCCAGAAAACUUAACAUCUGAUAUUUCCAGACCGCAUUCUUCUUCCCCUAGUCACGGACCCGUGCUCAUCGAGGACGCCUUUACUUCCCUACUUACGAGCAGUGUUCCUUGUCUGAACAUCUCUGGAAUUCCAUCCAUCUCCACGCCACCUGUAUCUCCUCUUGGGCCUCCGUCGUCGUCAGACCUUUCAACGGUCGCAGGUGGAGAGAUGGAACGCAUACGUCAGGCAAUGAUGGAAGAGCGGCUGGCUCAAGUGCGGGAAGCUGAAAGUCGUCGUCCUGAUUACUUCAAACGUGCAAAGCGAGCGCUCUCCGAGGUUGAUUCAAAUGCCGUUGAAGACGAAGAGGGCGAUCGACGGGGGGAUAAGGGUCUUGCUGUUGGAAUUAUGGAAAGUCCCAAUAAAGGCAGGAGGUUGAAGCUGUUCCAGGAGACCUCUGAGGAAAGCUUUGAGGAGAGCUUAAUGGCUGGUGGUUACGGUCGAUACAGGACAGCCGAUUGGGUUCGUCAGCCUCAGCCUGUUGCCCUCCCUGCAGGAGGCUUUUCCGGAUCAUCCAAUAUAGUGCAACAAUUGGAAAGAGUUCAGGAAGCUCCGCCCACCGAGAAAGAGCUGAAGAAGCGGAAGAGACUUGCAGCCUUCCGUUCUGGAAUUCAAGAGAGCGGUGUGAGGACACGGCUUGUUCCUGUACAGUUAGAAGGAAAAGGGCGGGUAUUGCUCGACAUGCCCAGUGACGAGCAUCGCGAUCCGGGGAGCCCAGAGCCAUCGCCCAGCAAGAAACGCGGUGCUAAUCGACGCAAGAAGAAGGGCGCGCAACCUACUACUAGAGAGAAAAAGGCGUUGGCCUCCGCGACUGCUACUCUCGAGGAAGUCAAUGAAAAACCGAAUUGGCCUGACACCGAGUUUCCAUGGCGUCUCCGCACAGAGGAACGCGCUGAAAUUGCCAAAGCUGAAGAAGAAGAGAGAUUGCGAUGGAUUGAAAGGUUUCUGGAUCGAGACUCUGACGACGAAGAUGAUGGCGACAGUCAUUUGGGAAACGCUCAGAAAGAGGAUGAGGAGGUGCUCCCACCCUCAAAAUGGGGUAUGGUUUAUGAGAACGACACCGACAGACCAUCACCUGUGAGAAUUGGUAGAGGGAAGAUGGUACCUUUACUGGCGUACCCAGAAGACACAAGGAAGGCUCAGUCAAAGAAAAGAAGUCUUUUUCCCAGUGAUCCUGGUGAUGCACGGGCAGCAUUGCUCUCCAAGAAGAGUGUGCGGGCCCUCUCUUACCGCCAGCAACGGCGACAACGCGAGUUGGACGACGAACAUGAAGAUGGUGACGAAGUACUUUGCAUUUGUAAUGGGACGGAUGAUGGACGUGAACUCGUGCAAUGUGAUGGCUGCCAGACGUGGUAUCACCUCCAAUGCAUCGGCAUCCGAAAUAUCGCUGAGCUUGGGAAGGAGGAAGAUCCUUGGUUUUGUCGGACAUGCUUGACAAGAAGCCAUUCGCCCUCUUCUGACUCAGAAGAUUUUGACUCUGUCAUGGCCAGCGAGCCAAUUUUUGUGCCAACUGACGAGUCUCCCCACAUUCCUCGAUCUUCGGACACGCCAUUUUUCCAACCCUCAAUCCAAGACUCUCCGAACUGGCAUCCAUCAAGGAUACCCGAGACACCUACGCGAUCUCGUUCUGACCAUCCCGAUGGGAAUUCUUGGGUCGGUUCUUCAAGCCAUGGUCCAACGACACCUCAACGUCAUCCGCAUGGUACUUACGACGCAUUUGAUCCCACCUCGACGCCAUCACGGGGGAUACGGUUUGGACCAUCAUUUACCACACCAAAGAAUCUUUGGUCUACUCGCGUAAAUGGCUUGUUCCAGACGCCAUCGCGACCAACGGUCCGAGGAUCCCCAAGCAAGACCUUUGGUGGCUCAGGGUCUCUUUCUGCCGCGUUGGACGACGAUGGAGCAGUGGGAAGUGGGGGUAGUCUGGGUUACGAAGCACCGAACAGGUUGGCUGCAUUUGAUGAUUCUCCUGUUAGACGGAACAAGUUGAACGACGGAUCCAUGGCUCGACAGGUGUUGAGGUCGCCAACGGCUUCCCGUUCAUUACUGCCUCAUCUUGAGGAAUCCCCUGUGAUGCGAUCCAAGGAGAAGGAGAGGCACCAAAUUGACAUGUAUGUACGAAUGUGA